AAAAAAGGGAUAAAACUAACGAGAACUAUAAUAAAGCGGUUAAAAAUAUUAUAUAGCGUUAUAAGUAGAUAUAAUAACGGUACGGGGCUAAUAUAUAUAUCUAAGUCUACUUUAAAAGUAAGUUCUAUAAAUACACGUCUUUUAAUAAAUAAAAUUUCUUUAAAUCUCGCGCUAAGUUAA